AUGCACCCUUUCAGCACGGUCUGUUUCAUCACUUUGUUGGGAGCUGUGGUGCCCCAGAGCAGGUCCCAUUCAAAAGCAAUAUCUCGGAAUUCCAACUCAAAUAAGAGGACUCCAAAUCUGAGUAGAGCAUCAACACAACCCAUCACUAAUGAAGAGCUUCAGCAUGUUAACCUCACUGCUUCAGAAGGCAGCAAUAACAAUCUGGUGUCUCAUGUCAGGACUCUAGCUCAGAGUCUCUCCCAAUGCUCAAAAUCAGCUUCUCCUGAUGAGCUGAAGCUCACUUUCCUAAGGAACACAGCAGUGACAUGCAAUGAUGGAACUCCAGCUGGAUUUUACAUAAGGGAGUCAAAAGGGAGCAAGCGAUGGUUAAUAUUUUUAGAAGGUGGCUGGUGUUGUUACAAUAAGGAAAGUUGUGAUGCAAGAUACAGCACCACUCCUCGGCUCAUGAGCUCUGCUGAGUGGCCACUCACCCAGAGAGGUUCUGGGAUUCUGUCAGCUCAGCCAGAGGAGAACCCACACUGGUGGAAUGCUAAUACUGUGCUUGUACCUUAUUGUUCCAGUGAUGUAUGGAGUGGAAUUGCAUCAAAAACCCGCCAAGUUAAUUAUGCGUUUAUGGGCUCAUUGAUUGUCAGGGAGGUGAUUAAAGAUUUAGUUCCAAGAGGUGUUAAAUUAGCGAAAGUGGUCAUGCUCGCUGGGACCAGUGCUGGUGGAACCGGAGUGUUGCUGAACAUCGAGCGAGUGGCCAACCUCCUGGCCCAGUUGGGAGCUGAUGUCCAGGUCCGUGGCUUGGUGGAUUCUGGGUGGUUCCUGGACAAUAAACAACCACGACAGACCGAAUGCUCAGGUGAAACCACCUGCAGUCCAAACCAUGUCAUUAAAAAAGGACUCAGAAUGUGGAAUAGUGUUGUUCCGGAGAGAUGCAGACAGCAUUAUAGACGAGGAGAAGAAUGGCAAUGCUUCUUUGGCUACAGGAUGUAUCCGUUCCUAAAAUCCCCUGUGUUUGUGGUCCAGUGGCUGUUUGAUGAAGAGCAGUUGAAAAUGGAGAAUAUUCAACUGGGAAGUCACUCCCUCACAGAAAGCCAAUGGAAUUAUAUCCAGAAUCUGGGCAGAGACCUGAGAAACUCAUUACGGGAUGUAACAGCUGUUUUUGCCCCAGCCUGUCUUGCACACACCAUGAUCUUGAACAGCAACUGGCUGGACUUCCAGGUAAGAGGAGCUGCCUUGAAUAGGGCUUUACAAUGCUGGGACCGCAGUCUGCAAGAGAACAGGAACUCAACACCCUCGAUGAGAAACUGCUCCUUUCACUUCAUUGAUCAGUGCCGGUUACCGCACUGUAACCCCACGUGCCCAGCUCUUCACGAUCAGGUCACAGGGCAAGAGGUGAACAUGAUUCAGCUGCUGAUGGACAUGGGCUUUGAUAUUCAGAGAAUAGCACAGCAGCUUGGAAUGGAACCCAGUCACUUGCUGGGAAUGCUCAGUAAUGGAGGCUAA